GGCCGGGUGCCCAGGGCGGCCCUAAGGGACCCGCCCGGCCGGCUCCCGCGCGCCCUGCCUGGGCCAGCAGUCGGGCCUGAGGGCGGGGAUGCGCGGUGUGGUCCAGCUCCCCGCCGCCCUACCGGGCCCUGAGGCAGAAAGUUUGGGGGUCGGGGCCGGCCCACCUCCCGCGCCAAGGAACGCUGCACCCCGGCUUCAGCCGUGACCUGUCUCCGCACCCCAGGUCGGAAUGAACUAUCCCAAGGCUCCCCUCUUCGCCCCUCCCUCAUCUUCCUUUAAAAAGAUAUUUUCUUAAAUUCAAGAACUCGUGAUCUGCCUACUCCCCUCGUCCAUAAUUUAAACCCCACGUCUUUUGAGUGCAAGAGGGGGUGCGGUCUCCCCCCCCCCCCCAAGGCAGCACGCUAGAAGGACAGAUUCCCCUUGCCGACCCACUUACACCAUGAAGAGGUGCAAAUCGGACGAGCUGCAGCAACAGCAGGGCGAGGAGGAUGGGGCUGGGAUGGAAGACGCGGUUUGCCUUCUGCCGGGUGCGGACCUCCGGCCUGGGGAGGCCUCGGGUGCUAACUCCGCUGGCGGGCCAACUUCAGAUGCUGGCGCUGCGGUGGCACCCAACCCGGGUCCCCGAAGCAAGCCUCCUGAUUUAAAGAAAAUCCAGCAGCUCUCAGAGGGCUCCAUGUUUGGCCACGGCCUGAAGCACCUGUUUCACAGCCGCCGCAGGUCACGAGAGAGGGAGCACCACGCGUCUCAGGAGGCCCAGCAACAGCAGCAACAGCAGGGCCUAUCCGAUCAGGACUCCCCAGAUGAGAAGGAACGCUCCCCGGAGAUGCACCGCGUCUCCUAUGCGGUGUCCCUGCACGACCUGCCUGCCCGACCCACUGCUUUCAACCGAGUGUUACAGCAGAUCCGUUCCAGGCCCUCCAUCAAGCGGGGCGCCAGCCUGCACAGCAGCGGUGGGAGCAGUGGCCGCCGUGCCAAGAGCAGCUCCUUGGAGCCACAGCGUGGCAGUCCUCACCUGCUUCGUAAGGCCCCCCAGGACAGCAGCCUGGCCGCCAUCCUGCACCAGCACCAGGGCCGACCUCGCUCCUCCUCCACCACCGACACCGCCUUGCUCUUGGCUGAUGGCAGCAAUGCGUAUCUCCUGCCUGAGGAGGCUGAGAGCACCGGUGACAAGGGUGACAAGGGAGAUCUUGUGGCCCUGAGCCUCCCCUCUGGCCCUGGCCAUGGUGACACUGAUGGGCCCAUCAGCCUGGACGUACCCGAUGGAGCGCCCGACCCCCAGCGGACUAAGGCCGCCAUUGACCACCUGCACCAAAAGAUCCUGAAGAUCACUGAGCAGAUCAAGAUCGAGCAGGAGGCGCGGGAUGAUAACGUGGCAGAGUACCUGAAGCUGGCCAACAACGCAGACAAGCAGCAGGUGUCGCGCAUCAAGCAGGUGUUUGAGAAGAAGAACCAGAAGUCAGCCCAGACCAUCGCCCAGCUGCACAAGAAGCUGGAACACUACCGCCGGCGCCUGAAGGAGAUCGAGCAGAACGGGCCCUCGCGGCAGCCCAAGGAUGUGCUACGCGACAUGCAGCAAGGGCUGAAGGAUGUGGGCGCCAACAUGCGGGCCGGCAUCAGUGGCUUCGGGGGUGGCGUGGUGGAGGGUGUCAAGGGCAGUCUCUCUGGCCUCUCGCAAGCCACCCACACCGCAGUGGUGUCCAAGCCCCGGGAGUUCGCCAGCCUCAUCCGCAACAAGUUCGGCAGUGCCGACAACAUCGCCCACCUGAAGGACCCUAUGGAAGAUGGGCCCCCUGAAGAAGCAGCCCGGGCGCUGAGUGGCAGUGCCACACUAGUGUCCAGCCCCAAGUACGGCAGCGAUGAUGAAUGCUCCAGUGCCAGCGCCAGCUCAGCUGGGGCAGGCAGCAACUCUGGGGCUGGGCCGGGAGGUGCACUGGGGAGCCCUAGAUCCAACACUGUUUAUGGUGCCCCUGGAAAUCUGGACACUCUGCUGGAGGAGCUGCGGGAGAUAAAGGCGGGCCAGUCGCACCUGGAGGACUCCAUGGAGGACUUGAAGACCCAGCUGCAGAGGGAUUACACCUACAUGACCCAGUGCCUGCAAGAAGAGCGCUACAGGUAUGAGAGGUUGGAGGAGCAACUGAACGACCUGACUGAGCUUCACCAGAAUGAGAUGACCAACCUGAAGCAGGAGCUUGCCAGCAUGGAAGAAAAGGUGGCCUACCAGUCCUAUGAGAGGGCCCGAGACAUCCAGGAGGCUGUGGAGUCCUGCCUGACCCGUGUCACCAAGCUGGAGCUGCAGCAGCAGCAGCAGCAGGUGGUGCAGUUAGAAGGCGUGGAGAAUGCCAACGCGCGCGCUCUGCUGGGCAAGUUCAUCAACGUGAUCCUGGCACUCAUGGCCGUGCUGCUGGUGUUUGUGUCCACCAUUGCUAACUUCAUCACACCCCUCAUGAAGACGCGCCUUCGUAUCACCAGCACCGCCCUCCUGCUCCUCGUCCUCUUCCUACUCUGGAAACACUGGGACUCGCUCACCUACCUCCUGGAGCAUGUGCUGCUGCCCAGCUGAGCAGCCACCCUGGUCCUGUCCUGUGCUCUCCGGAUUCUGCCGGCCACACAUCUCCAGGAGGGCCUGGGAUUCCUGAGUCCCUUGGAUUUUGUCACGUGUCCCGUUUGGCCCCUAACUGUCCCCUCAUUGCACUGCUUCUGUCUGACACCAUCUCCCCUUUCAGCCUGAAGGCUGCUGAGAGGAUG